AUUGAAGGAGCUUCCCCCAGGCUGAGCUGUCCCAGCCCUUCUUGGGUGGGAUCCUCCCAGCAUCCCAGGAGCAUUCCCGCACCCCCCACACCACAGGGAUGCUCCUGGGAUGUGACAUGGGCAGGGGAUUGCAGUCCAGCUGCAGAGAAGGACCAAACUCUGCUAUGGGAAAUUGAGGCGCGAGGAAUGUCUGAGCAGCUGGAGAUCGGUGCCACCAGCUUCACACCUGCCCUGCAUCCAUCACAACUCACCUUGCUGAGCGCAAGGGCUGGGCCUGGCUCCAUCCCGUGGCAGGUGAUGUGCUCUUUGCAGGGAGUGUGGGUGUUCACUGACAGCACAAUAUUCACUGGCUUAGAGAGAAUCCUCCAGGUGAAGAUCCAAGCAGGAGCAAGACCCAUGAAGUCACAGCUGUGGUCAACCUGAAAGUACCAGGGGAAACUAAACCACCCCAGUGUUGAGAGACUCCUGGUGGCACUUGCUCCCCUGUGCCAAAUCCUAUAUAGGGAGGCUGUAAAUUACGUCCCCCACCAUGCCUCCAGACCACUGUGACCAGGGGACCCAAAUAAGAGGAGAGACAGGGCUGAGAAGGGAUUCCAGCUUCCCACGCUGCUGGAGCAGCCUCAAGGCUGCUGUCACCUAACAUCCUGUAUCAGCCCUGGCUCAUGCUGGGGAACACUCUGGCGCUUUUCCCCAGCCCCACCACAGCCCCAGUCAAGCCUUCAGCCUCGCCAAGGAGCCUCUGCUCCCAUUCCCAUCCCUCCUCCCCCUCCGCAGCCUCUGUGGCUCUGGCCCAGGGCAGAACAAUGCGGCCGGUCCAAGGCUCCGUGCGGCCCCGUCCCUCAGCCAGCCCUUCGCCAAGUGGGAAAUCCGGGGCAGAGUAACCUACUUUCUGUGCUCACAAGGAGCUUCUGUCCCAGCCAAGCAAGGUGGUGAGGACAGAGCUGCCCUCCCAGGGCUCCAUGUCCUGGUGGGCUGCUGUGGGGACGGGAGAGGCAGGUAAGGAAGCUCCAACAGGGCAGGAUGCUCCCCAGCCUUGUCCAGAGGGAUAUCGGGGUACUUCAGGUAUGGCUGUGAUGUUGAGGAAUUCCAGGGCUUUGGUUUUGGGGGAUUUGUUGCCUACAGCCAUCCCAGAGCUGCCUGGGGUUAAGGAUGGAAUCUCCAGGAAGGCAGGUUCCUGGAACAUUUUGCGGGAGCUUUGCGUGAUGCUCUGCCCCGUGGGGUUGUUUGUGGGGAGCAGCGCUUAGCCCUGGGGGGCUGGUUUUCUGGGUGUUGCUUGUCCCCAUGGGGCUGUUUUUGGGGCUGAUGCUCAGGCCCACUGUUGGUCCGCACAAUCCACAGGAAAAAUGCCAUCGUUUUCCUCACCCUAAAGAUUUCCCCAACGAACAAACUCAGGCAUCUGAGCACAUCUUUCAUCCACUUCACCCCCCGGGCAUUCAGCCGGAGGAGCAGAGCUCCUGGUUCCCUUCCCAGCUGCCUCCACCAGGCUUCGCUGCUGUCCCUGCGGGGGUGCGAGGCAGGGAAGGCGGGCGCAGGCGCCCACUGCCCCAACCUGCCGAGGCUCGUCCUCUUCCAGCAGGACUUUCAGGUUCCCGCAGUCCCGGCGGAGCCACGCAGGGCUGGGUUGGGCUGGGCCGGGCUGCAGCGAGCCCAGCACGAGCCGGGCUGGGAGCUUCAGCUGGAUCCAGGGCAUGGGCCCACGGGAGCCCGGUGGCCACAGCCCCCAGGGCUCAGGCCCCUGCCUGGUGCCCGUGCUGCAGGGGUGGAGGUGAGCGGCUCUGUCCUCGCCCGCCACAGAGGUAAUGCCGCUCGCUGGGUACACGGUGCCCGUAAGCAAAGGGGUCCUGGGGACGGCAAGGUUCUUGAGCCGUGGCUCUUUCCCCAGUGCUUCUGGCAUGAGCUGCAGAAAGAACUGCAAGAAGGGGGUUCCUGUGUGUGUGUUCCACCCCGUUUUGUGGACGCUCUGAUAACUGAUGGAGCCAGGCAGAGGAAUCCCUGAUGGGAAUGGGCUCUGAGGCUCCGGGAGCAAAGGCAUCUGGACACGCCUGUGCCGGGGCCCCCAUGCAGGAGCCACGGAGGGUGAGGGGAUAUCUCUGACAGUGGCAUAGAUUUUGGUGCAGGAGCCCCGCUGGGCGAGGGGACAUCUCUGACUGCCGGUGUAGCAGUGGGAAGUUCGUGCCCAAACUGGGGGACCACGUGCGGCUGGAGGCGCUGAGGGCCCCCCCAUCCCCCGCCUCUCUGUCGGGUGCUCCUUCCCCUGUCUUGUUUCCGCCGGGUGAAGCGACACGCAGCCCAGCAGCGUGUGCCCUCACCCUUGCCCUCCCCGCAGGGAUGGUGGUGGGAUCCUCGUGGGGCGCGUCUCCGCCGCCCCCCGCCAUGCCCGCCGCCCUUCGCCUGCUCUGUGGGGUGGUGGUGCCGGCUGCCAUGCUCUGCGCAGAGCCCCUGCCCCGCGUCACCUUCCCCAGCGGGGACCCCCGGCGGACCCUCACCCACUUCAGCCAGGAUAACGUCUCCCAUUACGACAUCUUCCUCCUGGAUGAGAGCAAGGACGAGCUGUAUGUGGGGGCACGCGACUGGGUGCUGGCCCUCACUGUUGGCACCCCUGGCAGCAUCCGUGCCAAAGCCUCGAUAAUGUGGGGACCCACAGCCAAGAAAACCUCCGAAUGUGCUUUUAAGAAGAAGAGCCAAGAGACUGAGUGCUUCAACUUCAUCCGAGUCCUGGUGGCCCUCAACCAGACCCACCUCUACGUUUGUGGGACCUACGCCUUCAGCCCUGCAUGCACCUACAUUCACCUGGAAAACUUCACACUGGUGUCCAGUGGCAGAGGACAACCCUUCCUGGAUGGGAAGGGCCAGUGCCCCUUUGAUCCCCAGCACACCUACACAGCCCUGCUGGUGGAUGGAGAGCUCUAUGCUGGCACCAUGAACAACUUCCAGGGCAACGAGCCCAUCAUCACCCGCUCACUGGGCACCCGCACCCUGCUCAAGACAGACGACUUCCUCCGCUGGCUCUCAGCCGAUGCUGCCUUCGUGGCCUCCUUCAGCAUACCUGGGGACGACAAGGUCUACUUCUUCUUCGAGGAGACAGCGGACGAGUUCGACUUCUUUGAGCGGCUCCUGGUGCCGCGGGUGGCCCGCGUCUGCAAGAGCGAUGUAGGGGGGGACAAGGUGCUGCAGAAGAAAUGGACAACUUUCCUGAAGGCGCAGCUGGUGUGCUCCCAGGCUGGCCACUUCCCCUUCAACGUCAUCCACCACGCCUUUGCCCUGCCCCACCACAACGGCCGCUCCGACUUCUACGCCGUCUUCACCUCGCAGUGGCAGGCAGGCAGGGCGGGCAGCGCCGCCGUCUGUGCCUACAGCCAGGAGGAUCUGGAGAAGGUCUUCGAGGGCAAGUACAAGGAGCUGAACAAGGAGAGCUCUCGCUGGACCGUCUACAGUGGCCCCGACAUGAGUCCCCGGCCUGGCAGCUGCUCCAUGGGUCCCUCCUCUGACAAAGCCCUCACCUUCAUGAAGGACCAUUUCCUAAUGGAUGGAAAGGUGUCACCCAUCCAGGGGCGGCCUCUCCUGGUGAGUUCGGAUGUCAUCUACACGCGCAUCGCAGUAGAUGAGACUCGUGGCGUCUUGGGGACCAUGUAUCGUGUCAUGUUCCUGGCCACAGCCGAAGGUCUCCUGCACAAGGCAGUGGAGCUGCCUGAGAGACCCCACAUUGUGGAGAGCAUCCAGCUCUUUGCAGUGCCAGAGCCAGUGAAGAACCUGCUGCUGGCCCCAGGGAAGGGCGUGCUCUAUGUGGGCUACUCCAGAGGCAUCCUGCAGAUCCCACUGGCCAACUGCAGCCUGCACCGGAGCUGUGCUGAGUGCGUGCUGGCACGGGACCCUUACUGUGCCUGGCACAGCCCCAGGGGUUCCUGCCGGCCCUCCCGCUUGGCCACCGAGGACACGAGUGCAUGGCUGCAGGACGUUGAGACAGGGAACCCGGUCACCACGUGCCACCGUGGGAGGAGUGCAGCCAUGCCCCGAUCCUGGGGGCCCCCAGAGGAUCCUGCCAUACAGGGGCUCAGCCCCCAGCUGAACACCGUGGUCCAGCUGCUGUGCCCUCGCCACUCCGCACUGGCCACCUACAGCUGGCAGCAGCCCAGCAGUGCCUGGGGGCACACGGUGCUGCUGCCUGACCACACGCUGGUGGUCAUCAUGCAGCAGGGAAUGGCCGGCACCUACAAGUGCCAGGCCACAGAGAACGGCUACACCUGGACCGUGGCUCACUACCAGCUCAGGGACUCUGGCAGGGGGGCACUGGGGGAUGAGCUGGAUGAGGAGUUGGCCUGGGGGUCCUCGGGCGCUGGCAGUCCCCGGUCAUACUGGCCACAGUUUGUCACGGUGACAGUGCUGCUGGCGCUGACACUGACUGUGGCUGCCUGCCUGGCCCUCCUCGCCUACCGUGACCAGCUCAAAGCUCGAAGCAAGGUGCGGGGCUGCAGCACACCCCACAGCCCCCCAUCGCGCCACCGGGAGAAGGUGCCCCUCAAUGGGGGCCCCAGAGAACCCCCAGCACCUGGAGCUGCCACCGAGGAGGAGGAGGAGGAGGAUGUCGGCUCCCACGCUUGCUGCCUCCAGCUUGAUGGGGACAUCGAUGUUGACAAUAACCGACUCCAUGUGCCAGCAGGGGACACGGCGUGACACUGCCAGCGGGUCAGGGAGACCCUGGGGAGGGGUGUGAAUGUGAAAGGGUUUUUGUUUUUGUUUUAUUUAAUACACCUGUUUUAACGUAAGGUUCACAUUCUGGGGCAGCAGGUGGAACGGGCCCUGGGAGCAGCGGGGAUGGGAUGGGGCAAGGGAGUGGGAUGGGGAGAGAGUGGAGGGCGAAAGAAGGUCAUGGGGACAGGCAAAUGAUAUGUCACAGAGGAGAAAUGUGACUGUAGGGUAAGGAUGUAGGGUGAGGACGGCUGGAAAUGGUAGAUGCUGACACUGGUAUUAAAGUCAUGAAAAAAUCCCAGGUUUCAUGAAAGCCUCAACACGGGGCAAGCUGUGCUCAAUGAGCUCCACAAGCCAACUCCAGGGGCACUCACCCUGCACUGCCAGCGCCCCUCAACGCUGCAUGAUCCCGACCCUUGGGUCCCCGGGGUGGCAGAGCCCCCCACUUCUCCCUAGCUGUCCCCCCACCCCCCAUCCGAUUUCCGAUGUCAUUGAUCUGCCUUUUUAAAGUCAAACCAGCUGUAAAUUUUCCUGCUCUUUGCUUUUUUAUUAAAAACACGAAAACUCAA